CAGGUCUGGAUUACUUUUCACCCAGGACAGAAAAAAAGGGUCUAAAAUGAGCGUGGAUUACAUCGAAUACUGCGAUUACACACCAGACAAUGAAACCGAAGCGGACAUCAGUGUCUUUGGCGCGCUGAACAAUGCCAGUCACCAUGCGUCUUUGACUCCAUUCCUGGUCGCCGUCAACAUCUUGGUCUGCGUGGUGGGCCUGGCAGGGAACUCUGUGGUUAUCUGGAUCUGCGGAUGGAAGAUGAAAAGAACGGUCGUCACCAUUUGGUACCUGAGUUUGGCCAUAUCCAACUUGUUGUUCUGUGCCCUCUUGCCUCUGGAGGUGGUCUACAUGCUCACCUCGCAUUGGCCUUUCGGGCUGGUGAUGUGCAAGUUGACAUCAUCGGCGCUGUUCCUCAACAUGUACAGCAGCGUUUUCCUCCUGGUUCUGAUCAGCGCCGACCGAUGUGUGGUGGCGACAUUCCCAGUGUGGUCGCGGAACCACCGCACGGUUCGCGGGGCCUUUGCAGUUGUUGCGCUCGUGUGGGGCAUGGCUGCGCUCCUCACUCUGCCCUCACUUAUUGUCAGGCAGACCACAGUCCGAGGAGAUGUGAUCUCGUGCCGCGUGAUCUACGCAGAUCCGUCCAGGCACAAGGCGGUGGCGCUAACCCGCUUCACGUGCGGAUUCCUCGCACCUUUUGUGGUGAUCGUGCUGUGCAGCUCGGUGCUGGUUGCAAAGCUGCGCGGGAUGAGCGUCAGGUCCACCAAGCCCUACAAAAUCAUGGCGGCACUCAUUUCCUGCUUCUUCAUGUGCUGGGUUCCCUACCACACUUUUGUUCUCCUGGAGUUGGACGUGAAGAGACUCAGCCAGGACAGUCUUCAGAUUGGGAUAAAAGUCGGGGCUACUCUGGCGGCGGCAAACAGCUUCCUAUCGCCUAUUCUCUAUGUCUUCAUCGGGAACGAUUUCAGCCAGAUCUUAAAGAGCUCGCUAAUGCAAAGGUUGGAGUCGGUCAUGGCGGAUGAUUUCCGGACAGUACGUUCACAAUCGGUGCAAAACAUGCAAAACUUGUGAUUCCACGUGGAUAUCAGAGGUGAUUAAUUUGGAAUUUGGUGUACAUUUGAACCUCAAUUUCCUGUGUAGAUGGAACUGGAGAAUUGAGCUAUUCUUUGAUUGUGUAUUACUCGAGACGGACACUACAUUUGCUUGUUUACUUUCAAGCUUGUAAGUGGACGUUACAUCACGUGCACUUUGGUUGCAUCAUCUUUGCCAAACUUCCAUUUUAUUUAAUGGAAUUUUCAAUCCUUCCCUGUACUUGUAUAUUUUCAAUUUGUACUCAUAUAUUGUUUUUUUCUCCAGUUGUAUUAAUUGAAUUUCUUUGCAGAAACAUAUGUAUUCAUAAUCAUUUAUCUAUUAGGUCAUUUUGUUAAAUUGGAAAAAAAAUGUAUAAAUGCAAUUAAAGCAUUAUUUUAUUUUGUAUCAUAAAAAUAAAUAUUUUUCUAAACAACAAAAUACAAACUGGAUUCCAAAAAUGUUGGAACAUUGUGCACAUUUUGAAUGAAAACAAUGUAAUGUGUGCUAAAUUUCAAUAUUGUAUUCAAAACAGAACAUACAGUAAUUUUCGGACUAUAAGGCGCACCUGACUCCAUUGAAGCUGCCACCCACCAAAUCUGAUACGUUAACAGCAUUUGUUCAUACAUAAGCCACACUGGACUAUAUGCCGCAGAUGUCCUCACUGUAUUAUGGGAUAUUUACAACAAAAGAUCUUUUGAAAAAUUUUUUUUUUUUUAGGGCUGUCAAAAUUAGCGUGUUAACGGGCGUUAAUUAAUUUUUUGAAUUAAUCACGUUAAAAUAUUUGACGCAAUUAACGCAUGCACUAAAUGACCCGCUGUCAUAUUGCCUCAAACAGAUUUCAAUGACGCCGUUUAUGGACAUUAAGAGUGAAGAGAAUGCCACCGGCCACUUGGGGGCAGCGCAGCGCCGUUCCAUACUAAUGUUAUUCCUUCUAAUAGUGGGAGAAUUAGUAGUUGAGAGACGUUUAUGCUUUGUGCUCCAUAAAUAUUUCUGUAAGUUUGCUUUCUUUUAGUGGCAAUUAUGUGUCUCUUGUUGUAUUUUGGGUAAGAUAUGCACAGAGAUAUAUCUGUUAUAAAGGCGAGUGGACACAGACGUUCUUUGGACUGUGCCGUUUAUUGGCAUAAGCUUGCAACUCCUUCACAACAAACAUAAGUAUCAUUUAGUGAAAGCACAACAAAAAUAAUAUUCUUAUUUCUCAUAAAAAAUAAUGUUCACAAAAAGAAAAGCACUUCAGUCUGUAGUAAUGAGGCCCUAUUCUCACAUAGCUAAACAACAAUGCAAAGUUAACUGGCAUUACUCAGACUUUGGUCACUCAAUUCUUGAUAUUUUUAUUCUUAUUAUUAUUAUUAU